CGCCGCCAUGUUGGGUCUGAGGCGGCUGCUGUAGGCGCCGACAGAGAGAGCGGGCGUGCGGAGCGGCCCCAGAGGCCCGGGAUCUCCCUCUCUACGAGCGGCGGCGGCGGCGGCGGCGGCGGCGGCGGCGCCAUGAGCGGGGGCACCCCUUACAUCGGCAGCAAGAUCAGCCUUAUUUCCAAGGCGGAGAUCCGCUACGAGGGCAUCCUCUACACCAUCGACACCGAGAACUCCACCGUCGCCCUCGCCAAAGUUCGGUCGUUUGGUACAGAGGACAGACCAACAGACCGCCCGAUCCCACCUCGGGAUGAAGUGUUCGAGUACAUCAUAUUCCGUGGCAGUGACAUUAAAGACCUCACUGUCUGUGAGCCGCCGAAACCGCAGUGCUCCCUGCCGCAGGACCCCGCCAUCGUGCAGUCUUCACUAGGGUCGUCAUCAUCUUCAUUCCAGUCCGUGGGAUCCUAUGGCCCCUUUGGCAGGAUGCCGACAUACAGCCAGUUCAGCCCCAGCACGUUAGUUGGGCAGCAGUUUGGUGCAGUUGGUGUUGCUGGAAGCUCCUUGACCUCCUUUGGAACAGAAACAUCAAACAGUGGUACCUUAUCCCAAAACAGUGCGGUUGGUUCUGCCUUUACACAGGACACAAGAUCUAUAAAGACACAGUUAUCUCAAGGUCGUUCAAGCCCUCAAUUAGACACUUUGAGAAAAAGUCCAACCACGGAACAAGCAGCUCAGACCGCCUCAGCCCACUUACCGACCCCAGCGCCUGUUGGGAGAAGGAGCCCUGUGUCAACCAGGCCUUUGCCAUCCACCAGCCAGAAAGCAAUAGAGAAUCAGGAGCACAGGCGAGCUGAAGUGCACAAAGUUCCAAGGCCAGAAAAUGAGCAACUCAGAAAUGAUAGCAAGAGACAAGUAGUUCCAGGUGCUCCUUCAGCUCCAAGGAGAGGGCGUGGGGGUCAUCGAGGUGGCAGGGGAAGAUUUGGUAUUCGGCGAGAUGGCCCUAUGAAAUUUGAGAAAGACUUUGACUUUGAAAGUGCAAAUGCACAAUUUAACAAGGAGGAGAUCGACAGAGAGUUUCAUAAUAAACUUAAAUUAAAAGAAGAUAAACUUGAGAAGCAGGAGAGGCCCGUCAAUGGUGAAGAUAAAGGAGACUCAGGAGUCGACACCCAAAACAGUGAAGGAAAUGCUGAUGAAGAAGAUCCCCUGGGGCCCAACUGCUACUAUGACAAAACUAAGUCCUUCUUUGAUAAUAUCUCUUGUGAUGAUAACAGAGAAAGAAGACCGACCUGGGCUGAAGAAAGAAGGUUAAAUGCAGAAACAUUUGGCAUCCCACUCCGUCCAAGUCGUGGGCGUGGUGGCUACAGAGGCAGAGGAGGUCUUGGUUUCCGUGGCAGCAGAGGGCGAGGCGGUGGCAGAGGAGGGACCUUCACUGCCCCUCGAGGAGGAUUUCGAGGUGGCUUCAGAGGAGGUCGCGGGGGCAGGGAGUUUGCAGAUUUUGAAUACAGGAAAGACGACAAAGUUGCUGCAUAGUCUCCAGACAAGUCUUUGAAAAUAGGUGAAUUUCUCACUCUUCCUGGUCCUGCAAAUUGGUUUCAGUCUUUGUGAAGAAUGAAGAAGUGACUUUGCUGUAUAUUUGUCACCAGCACUGGGUUUUGUUUAUUUUCUGCUUAAUUUCAGAGAUACAAUGCAGUUUCUUUUGGGGGGGGGAGGCUCGUCUUAAUGAAUGAGCAUUGAAUAUAUUUGGAAUAGCAGAUGGUUAGUAAUUUCUUAUGUAGAGUUAAACUAAAGCUGUACUUCAGUGGGACUUCUUAAGUAUUUUUUCAUCACUGAAAGGAUUUUUCUUAUCACUAAAUUGUAUUUGGCAAGUUGCCUGCAGAUAGGGCCGUGAUACUGUGUUUUGAGCCACAGAAGGUUGUGUGUGUGUGUGUGUGUGUGUGUGUGUGUGUGUGUGCGUGUUUCUUUCUUUUCGGAAAUCCUAUAAUAUGAGGUAGCUUAUUUCGUCAAUUAAUUAGGGUGCUGGAUGGUAGAGAAUUUUGUCAGUCAACUCUGUACACACAGUAAAUGCUGUUUCUUAGGCAAAGGUAACUUUUUUAUAUAGUUGUAAAAUUCCAUUAUAUUCCAUUGCCAAAGAAACGUUACAAAGUUUGUAUAGCUGUAUAAAAAGCAACUAAUUUUUUAAAGAAUAAACAUUUUAAAGUCAGCAAGCAUAGUGUGUCUUUGCAAGAGUCUGCGCGCUGAGGACCAAGUUAUGGGCGGCUCUUUUCCUCCUAGCUUUCCCAGGCUUUCAGUUUUUGAUUUUUUUUUUUUUUUUAAUGUUUGGAACAUAAAUGAAGAUUUGAUAUGUUCUUCCAUUAUCUAAAAAGGAUAACUUAUUCCUGCUCAGUGUGAGAAUGUCAUUUUGUAGCAAAGGGCGUAUCACAGGAUUUGUCCAAAUAAUAGACAUUUCCGUAUGUGAGUGUAAAUAAUCGUAGACAAGAAUGUGCUUAGCUGUAUUUGCAAAAAAGCAACUCUGCCCAUUUUCUAAGACAUUCAAGCGAGGCAUCGAUUAACCUGCUCUUCUGCAAUGCCUGGAGUUUUGUUGUGGUGACAUCGACGCGUUCCAUUAUGUUGCAAGAGGAUUCGGAGUGUUGAAAAUUCUUUUGGCAACCUGUGGCACACCAUUAGCAUUGGUCCUCGGGCCUGUGACCCACAAAUGACUCAGCACAGAGUUCAUUGUUAACUAUAAAUUACUGAGAAAUCUUUUUGAUAUUUAAGCUGUAGUUGAAAAUAUCUGGCCACUUUCAUGUUUUUACGAAGGCCGUGGAAUAAAGGGAUCCAAAGAUUUCAAUAUUUUUAUCUGUUUUGAGUUUUGUUAACUUUCUCCUUAAAAACAUUCAGUGUAACAUGUGCAGCACUACACCAUAGUCGAAUUGGAAUAUUUAAAGAUGGCUGGUAUUUUUAAUUUUAAUUUUAUAUCUUUUGUAUAGAUCUACAAGGAACUGUUUUGUAAUUUGGUUUCACUAAUAAGAACCAGUACUUGGCAACCAUAGCUUAGAUUAUAUUGUUUAGUGCUCUUUGCAUGUUAACAACCAAACCUUUGGAGGUCCCACAGAUCAUGACACUGAACUCAAGCUGGGGUACCCUGAGCAGCAAAGCAAGUGCUGUGGUGACGCCUGUGUCGUCAGAUGUUGUCCAGGUGGAUAUCAGGAUGAGAAAC